AUGAUGCAGCAGACUUGGGACGAGUACGGAAGGGGUGCUCUCCGGGCGCUCUCCUUUGACCUUGUCCUGCAGGAGGAGGGUGUUGGCUACGUCACGUCACACCCAAAGUUUGGGCGCGACUUGCGCGCGGGGAUUCAUCAUCGGACCUGGGAAAGUCAAGCUGGAAAACGCAAAACGCGCCACCUGGGUCACAUCUUGGCCUACCGCGCGUGCCAGUUUGUGGGGAACCUGGUCUGUCCGGAUGACCUUUUGGCUGGGAUUUCCAGGACACCUCCUUCAUCCAAAGGGGUGCAUGCCGCGCAGCGCCAGUCGCCUCCACCCCUGUCUUUGAUGUCGACGACUCGGCCGCGAGAGUGCCAUUGCAACGCGCAAAAGUCCGGCAUCUCCGUCGGCCUAGUCGAAUGUCGAGGGGGGCUGAGCAUAUCAGCAAGACAAAGGAAGGAAACAUGCAAUUUUUGCGCAUCCCGCCUGAGCCGCUGCCGUUGGCCAUCCCCUGAAUCACGAAUGCGGCGUAUGGGUGGUUGCGAAGCUCUCGCGGAUAAAAGAGUCUACUGCUUAUCCGUCUUGGUCGCGCCAAAAUGCUCCAUUUUCAGACCCCGUCGUUUCCUGAACAGGUUUGAUCAGCCUCGAUAUAGCCUCGUUGGUCCCAAAACCGGUUCGGACGGGUUUGAAAAGACGGGUGGCGUUAGCAUUCCUACACUGCCGUCCCACGACGGGCGGAAGCAUCCUGAUGGGCUUCCCGUGCCUCAGGCCCCCAAGUUGAUGCAUUCAGACAGUCCGUCCGUCCGUGUACAACGUAGAGGCUGA